AUGGAGAACGAUCAGGAUGUGGUCGCAGAUAACGAACGAGGGCUAUUCGCCCAGUGCAGCUUUGCGAUCGUGCGCUCUGCUGACAUUUCGGAGAAAGAAGCCGAGACUUUGGCGGCCGACCUGAGACUGCACGAUGGCGAGGUUGUCAUGGACCAGUAUCCAGAACGUCUGAAUCUUCGAGGCAUAACCCACGUUAUUUCUGCCACGUCCGACUUCCCUGACUACAGCUCCUGCUGCGAUGCUCUGAUCCCUGUCAUCAAGCCCACCUGGGUCCAACAUUCACUCGCGAAGAACAAACUCGUCAAUCCACGUCAAUACAGCCCAGACCCUCGCUAUUUCAUGUCCGAUGUCGUCGCUUGUGUUGGCAAUUUGCCGCACAGUGACGCCGAGGCCAUAGCAGGAGGAAUACUAGCUAUGGGGGGCUUAUGGUCUCCUAAGCUCACAAACCAAAUAACUCACAUCAUUGCUCUGUCUAUGGAUUCCGAACCUGUCGAAAUUGCAGCAAAGAAGAAACUUGUUGUCAAAGUGGUCCUGCCGCAUUGGGUGGACGAUUGUCUGAAAUUGGGAAGAAAGAUUGACGAAACACCUUAUCAGCUUCCGUCUCCAGAGCUCUUGAGACCAGGCGAGGGCAGGACUCCCACCGCAAAGCGAAAGAAUCAAGUGGAUGGAGCUGCACAUCCCGACCCUGUUCAAUUGAAACAAAAUCCCAAUCCACCGCGGAAGUUGCAAAAUGUUUUCAAGAAGAAAGCUAUCAUGCUAGCCGAUGACUUGGGCAUCAGCCAAUAUCUUCGCGAGACGUUGGAUGAUCUCAUAACUGCUGGCGGGGGGACAGUCACAGACUCGGUGUCGAAAGCCGACAUGUAUAUCUGCAAGUAUCGGGAGGGAAAGGAUUACAAGACGGCCUCAAGAGCAGGGAAAGAUGUCGGAAAUUUGUCUUGGCUCUAUUUCUUGAUUCAAACCGACGAGUGGACGUCGCCAAUUCGCCGCAUGCUACACUAUCCCGUGGCAAAGAAUGGCCUGCCAGGAUUCCCAGGACUCAUCAUAAGUCUCUCAAACUACAGUGGCGAAGCGAGAACGUAUCUUGAGAAUAUGAUCACCGCCACUGGUGCCAAAUGCACCAAAACCCUCAAGCAGGACAAUACACAUCUCAUUACGGCCCACGACCAGAGUGAGAAGUGCGCCGCUGCAAAGGAAUGGGGAGUCCACAUUGUCAACCACCUCUGGUUGGAAGAGAGCUAUGCACGGUGGAAGUUGCAAAGCAUAACCGACACGAGAUACACCCACUUUCCCCAGCGCACAAACCUGAGCGAUGUUGUUGGCUACACUCAAUUGGACCGCAGUGUCCUUCGACAACAAUUCUUCCCUGACGACGACACCGAGAUGACGGAUGCCGCCGAUACUGGGGGAAAGCAUCGAGCGGAUAAAGGGACAGAGGAUAUCAAACAGCCAUCGUCUGUGAAAAGGAAUAAGAGCGAGCAGGGUGCCAAAUCUGGGCUCAGGAGUCCAGUGCAAAAGUUCCGAACCCCGGCGGCUCCCAGGUUCACCGCACUGGGCAAGGAGAACAUCACCCCGGAGAAAGUGACGCCGUCAACAACAAACAGUCGCAAGUCCAAGGAAGUUGCAGUGUCUCGUUUGCAAGUGCAAGCCGAGGAUAUCCUCCUUUUCACCAAGGAGAGCAAGCGAAAGGGCGGCGUGGUCUAUGGCGGGCGACGGAAAUCAGACCCUGAUCGUGUUCAAGUGGGUCAAAAAAGACCGAUCGAAGAAGUAGACAUUUUCGACAUGUCAGAUGAUAGCGAUGCGAAGAAGGUCAAACACGACGAUGCUCCUGUACUCCGUCUUGUGGUUUCUGGGUACAAGAAGUGGGCGACAAAUGGCAAAGCCGAAGAUCGUGACAAGAAACAACUUCGCAGCCUCGGGAUCCUUGUUAUUACCGACCCCAGCAAAGCCACACAUCUUGCCGCUCCCAACAUUGUCCGGACGCAGAAAUUCGUGAUUGCUCUUGCUUACGCGCCGUUGGUCAUCUCGACAGACUUUAUUGAUGCUUGUCUCGACGAGGACAAGUUACUGGAUCCGGAGAAGUACAAACUGCAUGACAAAGAAAAUGAGAAGAGGUUUCAGCUAUCUCUAGACAAGUCUCGGCAGCGGGCGAAGAAGAAUGCGAACCAACUUCUUCAAGGCCGGUGUAUCUACUGUGUGGAGAAUAUCCCUGGCGGCUUUGACACGUUCAAAGCCAUUGUGGAAGCCAACGGUGGGCGAUGUAUGUUGUGGAAGAACCGUAAAGGAACCAUAGUGCCGUCCGGACGCGAUGACAACCACGAUGUAUAUUUGCUUAGUGACAACGGGAAGGGCAAUGAAGGUCUGUGUUCACGCUUCAAAGAGAUGGCCGAGGGUAGUCGCAAGGUACCGAGAAUCGUGAGGUCAGACUGGCUGUUGGAGACUGCAAUGUCCCAGGAGAUACAGCCAACGAAACGUUACGAGUUAUAG